AGGUGGCAUUCUCUCUGCGCAUGCGCAGCAGCAGGUCUGGGAAGGGGGCGUUUUUUGCGACUCCUAACGGGCGCCGAGCAGUGCCGGGUUCGAGGCUGCUGUGGAGGCUGAAGAGUAAGAGGCUGAGCUUGCGAGCCUCCUUCUUCCUGCCUGCCGGUCCUCGGAUUCUGUCAAGUUCCAAGUUGCCAUUCCCGCUACCUGGUUUACCUCUGUUCCGUUUUGCUGCCAUGAGCUCCGCCACCGGCACCUAUGAGUUGCAGGAUCCCAUCAACUACAGAGGUGGGACCCGUGUCCAGCCUGCAGAUGGGAACCACCAGGAAGAGGUGUAUGAGCCAUCAACGGGCCGUGUCAUUGGCAAGUUUCUCUGCUCUGGCGAGAAGGAGGUGGAUCUGGCUGUGCAAAGUGCACACGCUGCAUUUAGAAUAUGGAGCCAGAAAUCGGGCAUGGAACGGAGCACUAUACUGUUGGAGGCUGCCAGGCUCAUCCAGGAACGGAGAGAAGAGAUUGCUAAAAUGGAAACCAUCAAUAACGGGAAGUCCAUCCUUGAAGCCUUGGUGGAUAUUGACAUAUCUUGGCAAAGCAUACAGUAUUAUGCUGGCUUAGCUGGCUCCCUGGCAGGUCAACACGUCCAGCUCUCUGGAGGAUCCUUUGCUUAUACCAGAAGAGAACCUCUCGGGGUGUGUGUUGGGAUCGGGGCCUGGAACUACCCUUUCCAGAUCGCCUGCUGGAAAUCAGCCCCCGCUUUGGCUUGUGGGAACGCCAUGGUCUUCAAGCCGUCUCCCUUCACCCCCAUCUCUGCUGUGCUGCUGGCAGAGAUUUACGACGAAGCUGGCCUACCCAAGGGGCUUUUCAACGUGGUACAAGGUGGGGCUGCCACGGGCCAGUUCCUGUGCCAUCACCCGAAGGUGGCCAAAGUUUCUUUCACUGGAAGCGUGCCUACAGGCAUCAAGAUAAUGGAGAUGGCGGCCAAAGGGUCAGCAAAGUGGCGGCUGGAGCCUGGGAAUGAUCCCCUCAUCAUCUUCUACUGUUCCAAAGUCUGCUGCAACGGCACCCGGGUGUUUGUGGAACGCAGCAUCCUUCCUGCCUUCACCGAGGAGGUCGUGCGGCAGACCAAGAACAUCAAAAUCGGAGACCCCCUGCUGGGAGACACGAGGAUGGGGCCGCUCAUCAACCGCCCCCACUUGGAGAAGGUGCUGAGCUUUGUGAAGCAAGCCAAGGAGCAGGGGGCAGAGGUGCUGUGUGGAGGGGAGGCAUUCGUACCAGAAGACCCCAAACUGAAAGAUGGCUUUUACAUGUCUCCCUGCGUCCUAGGAAACUGUGAAGACAACAUGACGUGUGUAAAGGAGGAGAUUUUUGGGCCCGUCAUGUCCAUCCUGGCCUUUGAUACAGAGGAGGAGGCCCUGGAGAGAGCCAACAGUACCCGUUUUGGCCUGGCAGGGGGCGUCUUCACCAGGGACAUCCAGCGGGCUCACAGAGUCGUGGCCGAGCUCCAGGCUGGGAUGUGUUUCAUCAACAACUACAACAUCAGCCCCGUGGAGAUGCCUUUUGGAGGCUACAAGAUGUCAGGUGACCAACUUGGCCACUCUUUGCCCCCCGUUCUGGGUGUUGCACCUCAGCCCCUAAGUGUGGAAACUGGCCAAGGGAGCGGAAACACCUGUUCAGCAACCUAUGUAAUAUUUCGUGUUAGUGGUGAAUUUCCAUAA